AAAAGUACUCUAUUGCUGUAUUGCUAUUUAGUUAUACUUUAAGAAAGUGUCAUGAGCUCUGUAUUAUGUUGGCUUCUUGAUAGAUUUGAAUGUAGAAGAAAAUCGAAGCAUAAUAGAAACUCUGAGAAGCAAAGUAAGAGAAAAGCUAAAAAAUGCCAAGUGUGUUUCAGAUUAAUCAAGGUGAAAAAUCAUCAACUCAACUGCUCAUUGAUAAUAAGAUAUAUCAGUGGUCUAAGGCUGAAGUUCCACUGGAUGAAGGUCUUUCAUUUUUCGUUCUGAGUGGUGAAGAAGACUCAGCUAAAGGCCAAUCUGCAGAGCAGAACUUUUCUGAGGGCCAAGAUGAAGAUUUUGUGGAAGAAGUCAUUUUCCCAGAUUUACUUGAAGUAAAGGCUGCUGAUUAUAAAGAUGACCAAGAACAAAUAAAAAAACAACAGGCAAAUAUUUUUAUUCCAAGUAGUUCUCCAGUGAUCAACCAGCUUAAACUGCCAGAAGAUAUGAUGCCACGCAUUUUAGAAGAAGAAGGAUUCUAUAUUCAGAAAAAGCCAGAAAUAUAUAAAAAGACCUGCAACAAAAUGGAAAAUCGCCUGCUUAAACUAGAAGAGGGAAAGUGUUGGUUUGAAGAAAGUGGAGAAAUAAUGUCAUUACCUUCACCUAUUAGACGGUCAUGGAAUUUCAGACUAAACAUAAGCAAGGAACCUUUAAAUCCAGCCCUGAAGACCAUGUAUAGAAAGGCAGUGAAAUCUGAUGUAGAAAGCUCUGUUAGGAACAAAAUGGAAGGUCAAAGGGAAAUGUACCAAUUAGAUCUCAAUAUAGUGGGUUUGCAAUUCAGUCAUCAUCCUCUCUUCAAUCAAGAACAAGUAUUAUGCGCUAGGCUGCUCCAACUUUAUGAGUGUUUUCAGGACAGGCGGCAACAGAAUUUACCACAGCUGCUUUAUGAGAAGCUUAAAGCACUGACGGAUGCUACCAAAUUAGCAAAUGAAAAUUCGGAAAUAAGCCAGCUGACCAGAAAAUCUUUGCAGGAUUAUUAUUGGCAGAUAAGUAAUACAAAACAACUCUAUGAGUUAGAAAAGGAAAAGGACUUUUCCCUACUACACAGUAUAUUACGGACUUGGAAACAGAUAAAAUCCCUUCGACAACGACAAGGGUUUACAAGCACUUCAGUAAAGUUACAGUUUCAGAGGUUGAAAAUGAAUAAAUGUGAUGAACAAAAACAAGAAUUGUCAAAAACGUGGGGGACUGAGAAGAAAACUGAAGGAAAAGCAUUUAAGAACAGGAAGAAACAGGAGAGCUUCUCAUAUUUAGCUUCAGAAUUUGAAGAAACAGAUAUUGAAAUAGCAGAUCCAAUUACCAUGAUACCACAACUUUCUUUCACAGCAGAAUUAACAAACUUAUCUAGAUGUUCACUGUAAGCAUUUUAAAAAUUAUUUUAAGCAUUUUCAGAUUAUUUUUCUUCAUUAUAUGUUUUCUAGUUACUGUAUUGUUUCUUUAAUAAUGUUAGAUUUCCUGAUUGCUAAGUUUAAAAAAUAUAUUUGCACUUUUAGUUGCUACCAUAGUUCUAUGAUAUUAUCCUCAUUUUAGAGAUUGGUAUUGAACUUCUAGUUUAUAAGUUUGGUGUGAUGAUUGGUUUUUGUUUUUCUAUGGUAGUAAUUUUUGUUCAGGUAUAAAUAGAUGGACUAUAAAGCCACUGUGAAAAAUAGGAUUAUAUGGUCAUCCUUGCUUGUUGAAGGAUCUCCUGGCUUUCAUAGAAAAUGUUCUGAUUAGAAAGGACCCUCUGGAAAAUUUCUGUACUUGGACAAUACCAGCAUCUUUCUUCCCCAGUUGUGACUUCUUCUUUGACCUUUAAGGUUUUCUUUCUACUCCUAGGAAAUCCAUGCAUAACAGAUAUCAUGCCAAUCCCCAUUUCUCCCAUCUCUAAGCCUUUGGAUCUCAUCUUCCUUAAAGAGGAUGUAGCAACUUAGAGCACUGAACUUGGUACAACUUUCCAACCUCUCUGUCCCAUGAAACAUUUGGUACCAAUUCAUCUUUGAAUACUGUGAAUGUGCAUCAUUUAGUGCUGUGUUGGAAGAUAGUGGGUGUCCAAUAAAUAUUCAUGUUCAUUAAAUGGAUGAAUAAGUGGCUAAACUUUUAAAUGAACAUAAAGAGUGGCAAACACAAAGGCAAAAUUAUCAUUACCUUCUUUGUGACUAGAGAAGUAGAGCAGUGAAGCAAUGUUUUAUUUGUUCUACGCCUACUUCCAAAAAGGGGCCCAAGAUAAUUUCUUGUGUAAGAUGCCCACAAAA